UUUAAUAAAUUUUGAAAUUUUAAUAUAACUUAUAUUGACUCCACGAACUAUUUAAAAACAAAACCUGCCAGUGGAACUAUAGUAUAUAAGUGAUGUUAUGCGUUUUUAAUAAAUGAAAAUUCUUAAAGACAAUGCUUUUUAAAUUCUUAUGGAAAGAUUUGAUAUGAUAGAAGACGCUUUACAAGAUUAUGGAGAUGGUGAAACUGAACCUUUUCGAAGAUCCGAUCCUAUAAGAAUUUCUGGCGUUGGUCAUCUUACUUUAUUUGGGUUGAGUAAUAAGUUUGAAACAGAUUUUCCUUCAGGAUUGACAGGAAAGCUUGCUCCUGAAGAGUAUGAUGCAACGCUGUCUAGAAUAAACAAAGUUUUAGGGCGUUCAUUGCCAACAAAUUUACGGUGGUUAUUUUGUGGCUGCCUAUGUUGUUGCUGUACACUUGGAAUGUCCAUAUGGCCAGUUGUUUUUUUAAAUAAAAGAACCAGACAUCAGCUUGAAAAAAUUAUUGACUCAGAAAAUCGAAAUUUAUAUCACAAGCUCGGCUUACAUUUGAAGUUAAAAAAGCAAAUGGUGGUUUCUGGUAAUAUGAUGGAAUAUGUAUUACUUGUCGAGUUUCGUCCAAAGGUUGCCUUGUUCAAACCAGACUAAAAAACGUUUUAUUUAAUCCUUUUUUUUUUUACUAUGUUCUUUAAUUUUAUCUUCUUUGCGUUUGCGUUUAUUGUUUUGUAAAAAAAAGGAAAUAGUUGACUGGCAGGCCAGUUUUUUUUUUCUGGAUUUCUUUUUUUCGUUUUUAAGUUGCAGACUAGAUUUUACAUUUAUUAAUUACUAGUUUCAAAUAGCAAAAAGUUGUAUUUUGAACAACAAGGAUCAUGUUGAUAUUUUGUUUAAAAAGGAGGUCUUGUCAUUAAAUUUGACCACGCUUUGUAGACAUUUGUAUGUAUUAUUUGACAAUACUUAUGACGAUAAUUUAAAAAUUCUAUAAUGGAAGUAUAUUAUUGUAUAUUAUUUAUUUUAUUUGGUUUAUUAUCAGAGAUUUUUUACGAUAAAUGACUUUGAAGUUCUUUUGCCUUUAAAUGCUA